GCAGGAGUUAGGGUUGUACAAAACCCUAGGCCUCACUCUCUGUGCUCUACUUUAAACCCUUUCUCUUCUUUACUUUCUUUUUCCGUCGCUUUGAUCUCUCUGUAGCAUUGCGAUCUUCAACCUUUCUCUAUCUGCGUCUCUUUGCGUUAUUAGAAUCGAGCAAUCCAGAGUUUUCUCGGUCUCUUAUUCUAUAUCGUUCUUCAGAAUGAUUGCUGCUGAAACUGUAGUAGGAAAGAAGUUGAAAAUAAAGUUUUCUACCAAAAGAAUAGAAUAUGUUCCUGGGAUAAGGGAAUGUGAGUCUGGGCGAAAUGUGGACAAGAACUAUCAUUCUCAGGCAUGUGACAUGCAGAAUACGAAGCUGAAACCUGUGGUGCCUGGGGCUAAUAAGCGUGGCCCAUUGUGGGAAGUAGAGGGCCGACCAGAGAAGAAGCGGAAGAUGGGCCGCUGUGUCACACAUCAGUGUUUUUCCAUUCUAAAAUCUCUGAUAAAUAAUCCAUCUGGUUGGAUUUUUAGGGAACCAGUGGAUCCAGUGGCACUGAAAAUUCCCGACUAUUUUUCAAUUAUAUCAAAUCCUAUGGAUUUAGGGACAAUAAAAUCUAAGCUGGAGAAGAAUCAGUAUUCUGGAACUGAAGAGUUUGCUGCUGAUGUCAGACUGACAUUCUCAAAUGCUAUGCUAUAUAAUCCUCCAACAAAUUAUGUCCACCAAGUGGCAGAGUCACUGAAUAAGAUUUUUGAGACUAAGUGGAAGUCACUACAGCAAAAAUGGAAUCAUGAAAUAUCAGAGUCUGGUGGUGGAAAAAUUUUGAGCAGGAAGCCAAAGGAAAUUAGUGCCACAAGACAGAAUUGUCCUGAAACAUCCCGUUUGCGCAAUGUUCUUUUACCCAAGAUGUCAAAACCAUCUGAAUACAAGGCAAUGAGGAGUUCUUCAAAUGCAAAAGCUGCAGAAGUAAAGCUUUUUAAGCCUGCAGAAAACUGCAUGCACAAGGCAUUACUGCUAAAUUCUUGCAAAGGCACUAGUGGUGGCAAAUGUGCUUGUUGCCCUGUCAGUGUCAAGCCAUCGAGCCCAGUUGUUAGUGAAUGUGUUACAAGUGUUAGAAGUGCUUUUCAAUGUUGCCUUCCCAGUGACUCAACCCAUGCUUCCUCUGAUAUAUCUUCUGAGAGGUCAUUGAGCAGAGAUGAUACUGCAUGUGGCACUGAUGCCUCAAAACUGGAUUAUCAUGGGAAAAGCAUGUCAGCUUCACAGAUGAGCAAGUCAGAUCCAGAUUCUGAUGGGGCUGUAAGUACUUUGGAUGAUGAAAAUGCAUACCCUAGUUUACAGCUCAUUACUCCUGCAACAGACGCAACUUCUCGAGAAGGAUGGAGACCUACUUGUGAUGUACAACUGUCUCCAGCAAAGGCCCUUCGUGCUGCAAUGCUAAAGUAUCGAUUUGCAGAUACUAUCUUAAAAGCACAGCAUAAGACACUUCUAGAUCAUACUUUUUCUUGUUAUCAGGGUGAUAAGGCUGAUCCUGUGAAGAUGCAGCAGGAGAAGGAAAGAUUGGAAAGGAGGCAGCGUGAAGAGAAGGCUUCGAUUGAAGCCCAAAUGAGAGCUGCUGAAGCUGCCUCACAAAAGAGGGAAGAACUGGAAUUGAAAAUACAUAGGGAGAAAGAAAGAGAAGCAGCUCGAGUUGCAUUGCAGAAGAUGGGAAAAACUGUCAACAUUGAGCAGAACCUGGAGAUUCUAAAAGAACUUGAGAUACUUAGUGGGGGUUCCCUAUCAUAUAAUUUUCGCAUUGGAGCUUACUCGAGGAGCCCACUGGAGCGGUUGGGUUUGUUUAUAAAGGAUGAUAUUUGGGAUGAGGAUGAAAUGGUAUUAAAUGGGGAGGAAGAGGAAGGAGAAAUAUUUCCAUGAAUAUUUGACCAUUGACUGUUAAUGAGAAAUUCUAUUUUAUUUUUUCCCUUUCUGUCUGUUAAUAGGUUGGCAGUGAGGAGCACAAGAGAAACAUUAUUUGUAAAUGAAUGUAUUUUUGUAGGAACGAGUUGGGGUUGGCUUUGUAAUCAAUGGUAGUGUUUAUAGGAGGAUGAAUAUAAAAUAGUUGAAUCUUUUAACUUUGAUACUCUUUUCGUUGCUUGAUGUUAGCCAAGAAAAAGAAGAAAGCGUUGUACUGACGCCUUUCAUA